CUUUUAGAUACAGACAUCGCCUAUCAAUCAACUCGACAAAACGCGUGCGCAUUAGCCAUACGAGCCGGGAAAAUUGCGUUUUUCAGCGUAAUCUGAGUCCUAAGGUUUCGAUGAGGAUUCAGCUUUUGAGCCAUCGAGCGCCCCCUGGAGGAAGAUUCGUGUAUGUGCGCCAGGCUGCGCAUGCGCAUACUCAUCACCAACGCUGCGGGGACGCGGCGAGGCUGCAGCUGAGGAAUCCAUAGCAACGGCGGAUAAACAUGAGUUUCUACAGCAGACAGUCGAGUUCGUCCAGCUUUGCGUCCACCACCAUGACCAGCACACUGGAGGAUGACAGUCUGAAGCUCCGACAACAGAAACUGGAGAAACAAAGGGCGCUGCUGGAGCAGAAACAGCGGCGGAAGCGUCAAGAGCCGCUCAUGGUUCAGUCCAACUCUGUGGGACGCCCACGGCGCUCGCGACCCUGUCGCAGUGAAGAGCAAGCGCUGCUGGUUGAGCCCCACGUCAACACGGCCAAUGACAUCAUCAUAGAUGGCUUCGACAGACUGGCGGCACUGUUGGGUUCUGAAGCUCCUGAUUUGGGCAGUAAGAUUCAAGUUCUGUCUGUCAAUCAAGCACAACAGCCCUCCCCCCUGACCGCUGAUGAACCAGAGACUGACGCUGAUACAGACACACUGCUGGAAACCAAAACAGACAUACACACACUGCUGCAGAGACGCGGACUGUCGGGCAGCAUGAACUAUGAUGAAGCCAGUGAGGAUGAUGUUGAUGAAGGUGAAGACAAAAUCUGCUCUCUCUCUCCAAACACAGAGAGCACACGGCCGGCGUCUGCCUCCAGUAAUAAAUAUACCAUGGAGGUUGUUCCGCUGAGUUCUCCAUCAGCUGAAGGCUCCGUCAUCAAGGUGGAUAAUCUGGAGGAGUUUGUGCUGCGUCCGGCUCCACGUGGGGUCACGGUAAAAUGCUGCAUCAACCGGGAUAAGAAGGGCAUGGACCGCGGCCUCUACCCCACAUACUUCAUGCACCUCCAGAGGGAAGACGGCAAGGUGUUUUUACUGGCUGGACGGAAGAGGAAAAAGAGCAAAACAUCAAACUAUCUGAUCACAGUAGACGCCACAGAUAUGUCCCGAGAGAGCGAGAGCUUCAUUGGUAAACUGAGGUCUAAUCUGAUGGGCACGAAGUUUACCAUCUAUGAUAAUGGCACAAACCCGUGUAAAGCUCCCGGAGCUCUGCUGGAAGAAAACAAUAUGCGUCAGGAGCUCGCCGCUAUCUGUUACGAGACUAAUGUUCUGGGUUUUAAGGGGCCGCGGAAGAUGACCGUGAUUAUUCCUGGCAUGAAUAUGAAUUUCGAACGGGUUCUGGUUCGGCCCGCUUGUGAGCAGGAGUCUCUGUUGAGUAAAUGGCAGAAUCAUUCGCUGGAGAAUCUGAUCGAGCUGCAUAAUAAAGCGCCGGUGUGGAAUGACGACACGCAGUCUUACGUGCUGAACUUUCACGGUAGAGUCACACAGGCCUCCGUCAAGAACUUUCAGAUCGUCCACGACAACGACCCUGACUACAUCGUGAUGCAGUUUGGCCGUGUGGCAGAGGACAUCUUUACUCUGGACUAUAACUACCCCAUGUGUGCCCUGCAGGCCUUCGCUAUCGGCCUGUCUAGCUUCGACAGCAAACUCGCCUGCGAGUGACCCUGUGACCCUGUCUCAGCCCAACACACACACAAACACCUCUUCUGCUCAGGACACAAGAGUUAUUCAGUGUGUGUACAGAUGCAGAACUAAAGUGAGAUAAUGAAUUCUGUCCUCUCAAGGAAACACGUGAAAUAUUUUUUCGUUCCUGCUUUUGCAAACAAGAACAAUUUCAUUUUGUUAGAGUUAUCGUGCUGGUGAUCUUCCAAAAGAGAAGACGUUCUCACCGAACGCUGGAUUGAUGCUUUAAUGGACCAGUAGACUAGAAACUAAGAGACAUUCUGCAACGAAGAAAAUAUAUGUAGGUUUUUAUAAUAUCUUCUGUGGUGUUGUGUAAGUGUCUGAUGGAUUUCGAUUUGUGUAAAUUGUUUUGGUGAAUCUCCAGGUCAUAUUUCAACCUAAAAUCAAAAGAAAAAAGUAGAAAUGAUAUUUUACUUAUGUUUAAAUGUUGACAUUUUUAAGACCAUUCAUUUUUUGCAUUGUGAAAUUAUUUAUAAUUUUAUGACAGUUAAGCACAACCCCCCAAUUCUCAUUACUGUUAUGUGGAAAAAAACAAUGGAUUAUUUAAAUUGCUAAAUUGCAAAAAAAUAAAAAAGCUUUAUUUUUUUAUGCAAAACAUAAUUUCUGUUCUUUUGAGUGAAAUGUGACCUGAACAUGUUUUAAAGAGAUUUACUGGUUUACCUUUUUAAUUUGGAUGAUUUUGAUGUAUUUUUAUAUUUGUGUCAGAAUACUUUUUUUUUUUUUUUUUUCUAAAAUAGUGGACCACAAAUGUUCUUUUCAGAUGUCUUUGCUUACAAAAAAAAUCCCAAGAAAUGUUUUUUAUUUUUUAUUUUUUUUGGGGUAUGUUUUUCCAAAAAGAUGGAUUAUUUGCCACUUUCAACCUCCACGUUAAAAAAACAAAAAGAAGCCGUAACCUUUCCUCUUGUGUCCUUUCGUUAACCUUGUAACACUGACACACACUUCAGAAAAUCCUUCUGGUUGUGACAGCUGCUGCAUGGACUGUGAAAGUUGCUGUCGUGUAAAUAGUGCAUGAACGCCGUGUCACGAAAAAGUGUUUAUAUCAUGAGAAACUACAAAAAGGGAAAUUCAAGCACAUUUGUUCCUAUUCAGCUGUUGUUUCUAUUGAUGUGAUUGUGAGUGUUGAUAUUCAUGAUGUGAGUCUGUCAGCGCAGUGUAUUUUAAACUAAUAACCAGACUGUACAAGUUGUAUUUUAUGAUGAAUACAAUAAUUAAAGGUCAUAAAUAUUGAAAGACUACAUUACUUUGGAUCCUGAUAGAGUGACA